AUGGGCAUUGUUAUGGUCUACAAGAGGAUUAACUCGGUGCUUUAUCUCACCCCUAAGCUAAUGUAUAUUGUGGUGAACUUAGAAUACUUUCUAUUUUAUAGCUUUCGGCACUUGUUUCUUGAAAGUCGCAAAAUUGGAUCUACGAUGAUCACCUUUACUUUUAUGGCUAUGCAGUUUGUAACGUUCUUUAGUAAUAUGGGAGUGGCUUAUUUUGCCGAUUCGAUUCAAAAGCCAAAAUUAGUGUUGAUCGGAUGUCUUCUUCUUUCAGCCUUAACCUUUCAGCUUUUGUUUUUGCCUUUGUCUAACUUGUUUUGUUGUUUCUUCUUCAUUCUCUACUCAACGUUCAUUCUAUGUACAGUCCCUUUAUUGGAUCGAAUUGUACUUGAGUACCUUCAAAAAGUCAUGAAUGCCCCUUCAUCUAUCUAUGGCCGACAACGUGUUUUUGGUACUUUUACUUACCUUAUCACUAAUUACAUCACGGAAAUGCUAGUCUUUGAAGGAAAUGAGAAGAGAUUCAAUCGACUGCAAAUUCCUUAUCUUCUUUAUGCGGCUUUGGCGGCUGGUACUGUUUUUGUUCUGGCUCCUCGUGAUCGAGUGGUAUCUAGAGAGUCCCAACGUCGUGAUCGGCCGCAGUUGUCUAAAGUCCUUAAGAAUAAGGCAUACUUGUUCUUCUUGCUGAUUAUUCUGAUGAACGGAAUUACACGAGGAGUACUAACUGUUUACUUGAGUUCGUACUAUAAAACCAUCUUGAACUUUAAUGAACUCACUCCGCCUAAGUCAGUACCUGGCCCUUUGCGCUGGAUAGCUCAGACUCUUGUAUAUAAGAACCCUGUAUCAACUUGUAAUACUUUUGGGGUUAUUUUGGAAAUUGGUAUCUUCUUUGCGUCGAAGACGCUUUUGCAAUGGUUUGGUCUUUAUUGGGCCUUCCUUAUUUCACAAGUCGCUCAAGGCUUGCGUUUCUUUUGUUAUACUAAGAUUGCCCCAACCGAUCCUUAUCGGUUUGAAAAAGCCUGUGCGAUUGAAAUGUUGAAAGGAGUUAAUUUUGGGUUGACACACUUAUCUGGGGUACAGUUAGCUGUACUUCUAGUUCCUAGUAACCUUAAGUCAACCAGUCAAAUGAUUUAUGCUGGUACUUUUGUCUGUUUUGGAGGGAUGUUGGGAGCUUUCUUAGGAUUCUUCUAUAAGAUAGAGUCGAUUGAUGGAGCUGUUUCAAUGUUCUGGGCUGGCACAGUCCUUUCUAUGCUAGCAGUAGCCCUGAUCAUUAUCAAGUACGGUUGUAUUGAUAAGAAAUUAUGGGGAUCAGCCGCUCGCGAAAUUCCAGAGCAAAUGCCUUCUUCAGAACCAUCACGAGCCACUCUCCAAUCAGAAGUCAAAUAA